UGGGGCUAGAGCGGCGACGGGAGGAAGUGACGUAACUUCCGGUGGCGUGGGCGGGGCCCCGGCCUCCUUCCUGGGAUAUCAGCGGGCCCCCAUGGAAGGUGCACCCUGGGAAGUGCAACAUCCCGGAAACCUGUCUUAUCCGUUAGUGCGAGAAAAAUUAAGGACAAUGCAGCCGAUUGGCAUAAUUUAAUCAUGAAGUGGGAAACCCUCAAUGAUGCAGGCUUUGCGACUGCAAACAACAUUGCCAACAUGAAAAUCAGUUUACUGAGUAAAGACAAGAUCGAGUUGGAGAGCCGCAGCCCAGCUUGCGAUGAGAAUGCAGAGCAGAGGCCGCGGGAAUACAGCGCGGAGCUGGAGGCGCUGUGUGAGGAGCUGCGGGCCACCUUAGACGGCUUGACCAAAAUACAGGUGAAAAUGGAAAAGCUGUCUUCAACUACCAAGGGAGUCUGUGAGCUGGAAAACUACCAUUAUGGGCAGGACAGCAGCCGGCCGCCCCUGUUUCACACGUGGCCCACCGCCCACUUCUACGAGGCUUCCCGCCGCCUCUCGGACAUGUACGGGGCGGAGCUCCUCCUGAAGCGCACCAUCGUGGAUGGGCUGGCGCACACCGCGGACCACGACCUCUCUCUCACCUACCUGUCGCUGUGGCUGCACCAGCCCUACAUACAGAGCAACAGCAGGCUGCUUCUUGAGAGCAUGCUGCUCGAGACGGGGCACCGCACGCUGUGACUCCAGGCCUCCCGCUGCUCUCCAGGCCCGCCUGCUCCACUGGCCCCUGCAGCGCCCACGGUGGACUGCCUUGCAUGUCAUGCCCUGGGCUCUGGCCUGGCCACCUCCUUAGGGUCGUCCAGACUGGACCGGUUCACCAGCGCCCCACGGCCUCUGCAAAUGCACUGUGUCUGCUGCAUACUGUCUGCCGCACAGUGUCACCGGUCGACCCACGGUGAACCCAACACCCCUGAGGACCUCGGCACAAAAUAAACGAGUUCAACGGAA